CUCCUCCUUUCAUUCGACCGCCCACAACUGCUCACACUUCCGUCGCGCUCCGCUCGAAUUAUACUGGCCCAGCAGCAAGACGUUCUCGAGCCAUAAAAACCCUCCAGUGGCGUACUACUCCUCAUGCCUUUUGCACCCGUUUUCUUCCGUGGAGGCUGAACAUAGUCAGAAAGUUUCGUUCGAUGCCGCAUUUAUGGAGUAGAAUAUUUAAGUGACCCUUGAAGUGCAAUUAAUCGCUCCAGUGCUGCCUUGUCCCUCGAAUCCGAAUUGAAACCAAUUCUCAAGCAAUGUUGUGCUGGGGGAUCUCUCAUCAUGAUCGCGAAGAGAGUGUCUUUGUUGGUGUUGGAUUGCUUUGAAAGCAUUGGAUGUAGAAGGGUUCAAAACCGUCAGGCCGACUCUGGAAUUUCGAGGAUAACUAAAAGAACAACUUACCAAAGAUCUGCUUUAUGCCACCCAUCCCCUCCAGCAGGCGUAGCGUCGGGCAUUGUUCCCCGUUCUAGAGGCUCCGUUCGCUGGGAUGAGACAAACAAAUAUGGGUUCGUUGCUGGAAGACUUCGUGUGCUGCGACCACCUUUGUGCCUUCUGGUAACAUCUUUUUCUAUUCCUUGGACUUUCUUCACCCAACGCCUUUCAACAAACUUCUUGUUUCAAGCUACGGGUUAUCUUGCCAUCCAUGCUUGCCGAAGGCAAUUCCUUCCAAACCAACGAUGUCUAUGCAAAUUUACUCCAACCCCUUUACUCCCUUUUUAUACGUUUAUCCGGCCUCCAGCUCCAGGGUCCGCGGGAUAGCCAUGGCAGUACACCACUUGAAGUCUCAUGCUUAACUUUCAUGGAUAGUACCACGGGCGCCUGUAUGUCGUGAUGUCAAACCGCUUACGUAGCGGUUGAAGAAAAUCUCCACGGCACAUGUCCGAGUUUAGCACACAUAUACCCCACUUUUUGUGGUCAGGGACAGUGCCUUUGUUAGACAACCCUUGUCAACUACACUAGUCUGUCGAUCAACCCUCCGAAGCGUAACGGUGAUGUCUCGCCGAGUGUUCGCGCUUCGGGCGUUGGUGCUGAUCUCUCUCGGCGACUGGUGUCCGUAUCUGAUAUUUCUGACCCCUAUGCUUCUCUCUUUGUUUGCUCGGUGCCUGUCGUAGCUAAUACCAAAUUGUAUUAUACUCAUCAUUUGAGACGCUCGGUAACC